GCAGCGCGUCUCAGCAUCGAUUCCUCCCAUUCCCCGCCGAGAGGAAUAUACCGGGUACCUCGUCUACCUGACGUCUCUACGGUCUCACCUGUCCGCCAUCGUCUGCAGCCGGUGCCUAUCUUCUACUUUCGCUGCCUUUUCGUCAGUCCGUCGCCAUGUCACUAUCGAAGCAGCGCAUCUCCUCGCCCUUGGAGGCCGGUCCGUCGAUCCUCGACGACUACAACCUGCCGUCCCACCUGACGGAGGCGCUGGAGUACGCGUCUAAGCGUCUCGCGGGGAAAGCGCUGCACGUCACCCUCGUCGUCGUCCGGAAGGAAUACCAACUCCCGAGCGUGAUGCCGCCGGUUCCGACGCCGGCCUCGCCCCCGCUUACACCGGGCAUCGCAUCUCCCCCUCGCUUCUCAACCCCCGUCGCCGGGCUAAAGCGACUCAUCAGGAGGGGAACCCGCCUACGCAGGCCCGCAGCCUUGGAAGGCAUCUCUAGCAGCAAGUCCUCGGUAUCUUCCUCGCCCUCUCCUCCUCUCCCGACGCCGGGACCCAAAUCCUCGAGCCCGCGCCGCUGGAUCCUGCCCCCGACGCCGGGCAGCCCGCCUACGACUCCGCACACGCCGUCGAGCGUCGCCACGGCCUCGUCGUCGGCCUCGUCGGCCUGCUCGUCCUCGUCCUUCCUGCCCGCCGGGCCGGCUCAGGGGCCUAACGAGUUCGGCAUCCGGCUGGUGCACGCGGACGUGCUGUCGCCGCGCGCCGAGGAGGCGCUGCGGUCGACGAUCCUCAAGGCGGAGCGCAAGUUCGGCGUGGGCACGGGGUGGCUGGCGCCGGCGACGGAGGCGCCGGCCUGCGGCCUCAACGCGGACCUCGUGCGGCGCAGCAUCCUGCAGAACGAGGUGCUCUUCUCGUCCGAGGGCCUCACCCUGCUCGGCCUCGACCGCAUGUACACCUUCAAGUCGGCGCUGGCGGCGUACGCGCGCGCCGCGUACGGCGCCGGCAGCCUCGGCGGCACCGGCAACAGCCACGUCCGCCUCGAGGACGCCGUCGACUCCCUCCGCCGCCUCGUCCUCGCCAACGCGGGGCGGCCCGUGUCGCGCGCCGACCUGCACCGCAGCUACGACUGGCUCGGCGUGCACGCGCGCGCGCUCGCCGACGUCGAGCGCAUGUACCGCCGGGCGUACGGGGGGCCGGAGCGCAGCGGCGCGUUCGAGGCGCCGUCGCUGGCCGCCGCGGCCUGGGAGGACCGCGAACACCAGCCGCCGCAGCGCCGCGCCACGGUCAAGCUUGGCCCCCUGCCGCCGCUGCCCCUGCCGCCCGCCGUGCCGCCCGAGCCGAGGCGGCCCCUGCCGCGGCGCCAGACGACGCCAACGCUCCGCCUGAACACGGAGCUGCGGCGCAGCAAGAGCGCCGCGGCGCUGGCGGCCGCGCCGCCGCCCCACGCAGCCGCCGCCGAGCUGGGCGCGGGGCUCGAGAGCGCGAUCGAGAGCCUGCGGCGCGCGCACGCGAACGCCUCGGGCCCGAGGGCCAGCCCCGCGGCAGAAGCAGAGGGCGAAGAAGACGGGGACCGGACGGCGCGGCCGCCGUCGACGGUGGUGCCGUCGGCGUCGGCGUCGGCGUCGGCGUUCUACUCGUUCCCGGCGCUGCCGACGCCGACGACCCCCACGCUGGCGCCGCCGCUGUCGGCGCUGUGGGGCGGCGGCGGCGGGGCGUCGUCGUCGCUCGACCAGAUGGUGCUGUCGUCGCCGACGUCGUGCGGCGGCGACCGGGGCUCGCAGACGCACGACGCCCUCGGCCCCGCGACGCCCAACGGCUACGACGACAUCUCGCCCGUGACGCGCGGCGAGUGGGGCUUCCUGUUCAAGGGCGACGGCUGGAAGAUGCAGGGCCGCACCGCGGCCGUCGAGACGUGCUGAGCGAGUGCGGCAGAAAGGAAUGAUCAUCUUGUAUACCCAGGUGUGGACUGUAUAUCUAGGGGGGAAGGGGGGAGGCAGCAUGUGUACAUGUAUGUGUGUAUAUAUAUAUAUCUACGGGUGCGGACACGGCGAAUCGGUCACCGGCGCAAGAGGGCAAAAAAGGAAGCAUGGCCAGCGUGCAAAACGGGGGCGGCAGAAAGGCGAGGAUGCCUAGCCUCGGGGGGCAGAACGUGCGUUUUUAGCACUGGGUGGGUGAGCGAUGCUCCUUGUUACAUAGGCCAAGCGACAGAGUGGAA